AUGGCAGAAGGGAACCAGACGGUGGUGUACUUGUCUGAGCAGGUGGUGGUGUUGUGUUCGUGUUUGUUGUCGUUUCUGGGCUCUUCUCUGAUCAUCCUCACCUACGUGAUCUGGUCGGAUCUGAGGACGACUCCCCGGAGGCUGCUGGUCUACCUGUCCGUGUCUGACUGGCUCUCCGCGGUCUCCUACGCCUUCGGAGUCUGGAGGGUUUUCCGCACGGACUCGCUGGACUGCGUCGUCCAGGGAGCCAUCUCCACCUUCAGCAACACCAGCUCCUUCUUCUGGACCAUGGCCAUCGCGGUGUACCUGUACGUCUUCAUCGUGAGGGCCAGUCAGAGAGUCGCUGACAGCCUGGUGUGCUUCUUCCACUUUGUCAGCUGGGGUGUUCCUCUGGCCAUCACUAUCGCAGCCGUGUGCCUCAACAAGAUCGGCUACGAUGCGUCAGAGGUGUCGGUGGGUUGGUGCUGGGUCAGCAUCCACGCCCCCGACCGGGUCCUGUGGAUGCUACUGACCGGGAAGAUCUGGGAGUUCCUGGCUUACCUCACCCUGCCGGUCCUCUACAUCCUGAUCAAGAGGCACAUCCACAUAGCGCACGCUGCCCUGUCCGAGUACCGUCCCAUCCUGGCCAACAGGCCUCCAUCCCACUCCUUCUCCUCCAUGGCUGACAUGAAGCUCACACUCAUUCCCAUCAUCUUCAUCGUCCUGCGCAUCUGGAGCACGGUGCGCUUCAUCCUGCUGCUGGCCGGCUCUCCAGCCAGACAGAACCCGGUGCUGGUCACUCUACACGGAAUCGGCAACACGUCUCAGGGAGCCGCCAACUGCAUCAUGUUUGUGUUGCUCACUCGGCCAAUCCGCACACGCCUCUGCGCCGGGCUCUGCUGCUGCUGCUGCUCCGAGCGUCGAGCAGACGUGCAGCGCUCGCGUGACGCCCCUAACAGGCUGCUGCCGGGACAGGACGCCGCCACGCAGAGGGACGAGGAGGACAGCGCCAGUCGGGUCGGGACUGAUAGAUGAUAUUCUGUGGAUGAGAAGACAAACAGAGGUUGACAUGAAGGUCGUGGUGGAGGUCUCUGCUUCACACUGAGCCUCAUUACAGCGAGUAGCCUGCAGAGAGGAGGUGGAGAUUCUGCAGGUGCAUGCACAUCUGUGUCACAUGAACAGUCACAUGUCUGCACUCUGGGUGAUGAGGAGGAGGACGAUGCUGCUUGGCUGUGCACCAGCAUUCGGUGAAGCAUUUUUGAGUGUUGCACAUGAAUAUUGUAGUCUCACAGAUGUGCUUUAAAGUGCCGUUUCACUUUAAGUGUUGUACAUGUUUUCUGAUUGUAUUUUGAACAGCUGUACACUCCGCAGCUUUAUUUAUCACGUACUGUGUGUGGAUUCACAUUCACAUUCUGAGUUUAUAACUGUGAAAUGAAUGAAUAUUCACUUUGAUUCUUGUUCCACUGAGUAUUAAAGUAUUGUAUUUCUGACCGUCUCUUCAAAGAACAGUAAAUGACUUGAUGUGGGCACA